AUGACUGAAGAAGGAUCUCCUCUAUUCAAAAAUGGAGAUGGACUAUUCAAUACUCAUGUUUAUUUGGAAGAUUUGCAAGAAGUGAUUAGAGAUCAAAUGAAGACGAAUGCGCAACUUGGACCAGGUACUAAAUAUACAAUUGUUGGAGAUGGAAAUGGAUUCAUGAGCCGUGUGGUCCUCGUAGACCCAGAUUGGACAGUUUCUGAUGAGCACCUCCCAAAACGAUUCGUUCUGAAAAUCACUUCAUGUAUGCAUGUGCUGAAUGUUUUGGAUCAAAUGAAUCUUCCGGAUAAAAGAGAAUCCGCGUUGUGGUCAAUCUUUGAGUACGAAGCUCAAGGUCUUCAUAAUCGAGAAGUGAAUCUUUAUGAGAUAUUUGGUAAAUGGGAUAUCGAUAACUUGUUGUUGAGUCCAAAAGUUUACUUUUCCAAGAAGUUUGAUUCUGAGAACCAAACGAAAGGAUUCUUCGGAAUGGAGUUUGUAGAGAACGCGAUCACGAGACAUUUGUAUAUCAACUUGAAACCUUAUGAGUUGCAUGCGGUUUUAAAAGCUCUUGCAAUUUUCCAAGCAGAAGGAUUGAAGUUGAACGAGGAUGAACAGGAAAGUGUAACUGGAUAUGAUUUGGAGAAGAUUGUUGGAAAAAUGUUUAGUGCUAGUGGGCUCAAAGGAAUAUUCGAUCAAGCUAGAGAAAUAAAUCCGGAGGAACUAUCUGAGACAGCUAACAGAGUUGAUGCAUUUGGUUUGGAGUUGGUGAACUUUGAUAUGGUUAAAAACUUGAACAAGUAUCUUGGAAUCAAACAAGAUGUUCUGGUCCAUGGAGAUUUAUGGUCAGCUAACAUUAUGUGGACUGAAAAAGAGGAUGGAGAGCUUGAAGUGAAUAAAAUUAUCGAUUACCAAUCCAUUCAAUUGGGAAAUCCAGCCCAAGAUCUUGUUCGUCUCUUCACUUCAACACUUUCAGGAUCUGAUAGAAGAGCUUAUUGGGAGAAACUUGUAGAGCAAUUCUAUGAAUAUUUUCUAGAAGCAGUCAAAGAUAAAAAUGUUCCGUAUACUCUUGAGCAGCUGAAAGAAUCCUAUCGUUUCUACUUCGUCACUGGAAGUCUUCUUAUGUUACCAAUGCUUGGUCCGAUUGCUAAGGUCAAACUUGCCGAGAUAACAGACCCGAAAAAAAUCGAGGAAUGCCGGAAUAUUCUCACCGAGAAGGCAGAAAUUAUUCUGGAAGAUAUGGAACAUUGGCAUUUGUAUAGCAGGGACACAAUCAAGAAAUGGCAAGAAGAAGGAGCAGAAACAACAUUUUAA